CUGAUUAGUAAAUUUAAUUUUCAAAAGCUUUUCGGUAGAAAUUCUUAUCGAAAAACCAAAGAUUUAUCUCAAACUUUUAGUUGCCGCUAAUUGUAGCGCUCAUUGAGAUAUAUUUUUAUUAUUAGAUAUUAAUAUUUGGAUAAAUUUUUUUUGUAAUAAUUCCACUUGGUUUCUUUUAGAAAAAAAACAAACUAAAUGACGGUUUAGUCAGUUCAACGAAAAAUUGUAGAAAAUCGUUUAUUAAUCAAUGUAUUUAUUAUUUGAAUAAGACUAAAUAUUUUCAAUUGUAUGCAAAAAGACAUUUCUAUUAACUGUGUUUAGAGUCUUAUUAGUAAUUUUUGUCUUUUUUUUUGAAAUAUUUAAAAAAAAAAAACAUUCUAAUUUGUUUGUUUAGAAUAAUGAAGAAGAUAAUCGAUUAUUUCCGAAAUUAAAUUAUUUAAAAUUGACAGUAAAUGAUCAAUGUUCAUUUGAUUGUUUUAAAUUACUUUCAAAAUUAGUUCAUCUAAAAAAUUUAGAAAAACUCGUAUUAAUAAUAUGUUCUCGUGGCUUUUAUCUUAGUUUAAUGAUAAAACGUUUUUUAAAUUUCGUAAAAGAUUUGUCAAAUCUUAAUUCAAUUGAAAUAUUUAAUCGAUGGCAUGGAAUUUUUUCAUUUAUUGAUAUUUAUGAUUUUUGUUCAAUGAUUCCACAUAAUAUAAAACAUCUCGAUAUUGAUAUAUUUGAUAUAGAUAAUAUUGAAAUUCUUAUUGAUAAACUGGAACAUGUAUCAAGUUUUAAAUUUAAAUUUGCAUUUGAUAAAUCACGUUAUUUAAAACAAAUUCUUGAAUUAUUAGCAAAGAAAAAAAUUAAUUCAACACAUAUAUCAGAUAUUCAUUAUUUAUCUAUUUGGAUUUCAAAACAAUUUAAUCAAACAAAUUAUAAUAAACGUAUCAAAUUAACGAAUUAA